AUGGAUAAUUUGAUCAGAACAAUAGUUGACGACAAAACAUCCUACCAGCUGUUGUGGUUCCUGGCACUAAACCUGACGUUUGCGUUCGUGGAACUGGCCUAUGGCAUCUGGGCGAACAGCCUGGGGUUGAUCUCGGACUCCUUCCACAUGUUCUUUGACUGCUCAGCUCUUCUGGGUGGCCUUGUUGCCUCGAUCAUUUCACAGUGGGAGGCCAAUGAAUUGUUCUCGUUUGGAUAUGUGCGAGCUGAAAUCUUGGCUGGUUUUGUCAAUGGUAUCUGUCUCCUGUUUGUUGGAUUCUUCAUCUUCUCGGAGGCUGUCAAG